CCUCCACCGCCCCAUACAUACCCAUGGGCUGGCCGUAACUGGCGAGGAACACAACAAAACUCCGCAUGGAAAUCGUUCUGUAACCGUAAGUCCAUCUCUAUUGUCUCCUAUAAGAUUCCCCAUCUUUACCUCCUUGCCCUAAACCUUCAUGCAACUCCACAACCGCACCUCGGCAGCUUUCCUCUCAGCUGCCCGCCUAUUCCAGCAACCCCUCAGUCUCUUCUCCUCGAACCAAACCUCGUCUUCCACAACCAUGACGCGCGCCCCAGUGAUUGCAGUCUGCCAUGGAGGUGGACCUAUGCCAUUGCUUGGAGACCCUGGCCAUGCCAAUCUGAUCGAAUCCAUGUCUACCAAAGUCCCAGAGACGCUACAAUUAGGCACACCCAAUGCGCCCAAGGCAAUUGUGCUUGUUACUGCUCACUGGACAACUCGAACCCCCAAGAUCAGUUCGGCGAAAACACAUGAAUUGUAUUACGAUUAUGGAGGAUUUCCGCCCGAAUCGUACAGAUUGAGAUACGAUGCGCCUGGAAGUCCAGAAGUUGCAAAGCAGGUAUUUGAUUUGUUGCAGGCUGCGGGAUUCACUCCUUCCAUGGAUGAGGAGAGAGGUAUGCGCUUGUCUGCCAUACUGUAUUGUGUGGGCAUUGGAGUCUAAUGGUGCAACAGGCUGGGAUCAUGGUGUCUUUGUUCCUCUCACUUUGAUCAACCCCAAAGCCGAUAUUCCUGUCGUACAAAUCUCCGUUCUCAACACUGAAGAAUCCUCCGCCCACUACGCUAUGGGAAGAGCCCUCGCGCCUCUUCGCGACCAGGGAAUCGCAAUCAUUGGCUCCGGAAUGCCCACUUUCCAUAAUCUACGAUUGAUGUUCUCCCUCCCUGGUAGAUCCCAGGGAGAUAAAGCAAAGGUUUUGGACCGGAUCGCUCUCUGGAGUAAGGACCUUACAGACGCGGUGUGUUUGGAAAGCAGUGAGAAGCGUGAAGCGAAGCUGAAAACUUGGAGAGGCUUCAAGAGUGGCGAUGAAGCUCAUCCUCCUGGAAUGGCGGAGCAUCUGCUUCCUUUGUUUGUUUGUGCUGGUGCGGGAGGGGAUGGUAAGGCGCAUGCUCAUGGUGAUGAUCUUCAUGGUUCGGAGCACUUUACGUAUUCUUGGAAGUGA